UGACGUUGCAGCGGGGCUCGCUGGACCACGCGUGUUACGAGUAGUUGAAUUUAUUUCUAAAUUUAUAGUGAAAUACACUGAUGAUUUUUAUAUGGAAUUUUAAUAGUUUCAGGGCUUAAUUAACCUUAUUUUACGACUGAAUGUACUGUCGAUGAUGUCUUUGCCGGAGAUUAAUGAAAAUAAAACUGACCAGGAAUCAAAACCUAUGGUCGCUGAUGAAGAGAUGGAUGACUUUAACCCAAUUUUUGAAGAUGAUGGAGAGGAGGAGGACGCAAACCAGAAGAUGAACCGUGAAGUUGAAGCUAUUGAACUGGACCCUUUUACAGAAGAUGGAUUUGAGAAAAAAAAGAAAAAAUGUCUUCCUGGUAUAUUGUAUUUGGGGCACAUUCCUCCUAGGAUGAGACCCAAACAUGUACGGAAUAUGCUGAGUUUGUAUGGGGAGAUUGGUCGGAUAUUCCUCCAGCCUGAAGAUCAUUGUAUUAAAAGAAAGAAAAAGAAAGCUGGAAGUAAGUCAACCAGUUUCACAGAAGGCUGGGUGGAGUUCAGAGACAAGCGGAUCGCCAAGAGAGUGGCAGUCAGUCUGCACAACACACCAAUGGCCAACAGGAAGAGAAGCCCUUUCAGCAGUGACCUGUGGUGCAUAAAGUACUUACACAGGUUCCAGUGGUGCCAUCUCAGCGAGAAAUUGGCUUAUGAACAGACCGUUUUUCACCAGCGUAUGAGGACAGAAAUAUCUCAGGCCAAGAAGGAGACAAACUUUUACCUGGCCAGUGUGGAGAAGAGCCAGAACAUUCAGAAACUCAAAAAGAAGAAGGAAAAGAAGGGAGAGGUUGUGGAAGAGAAGAGCUGGAACUUUAAACAGCGGCCUACAGAAAUGGAAAUCCAAAUGAAACGCAUCAAGGAUAAAGGCAUGUCUGAAAAGGCUCAAGAGAAGAGCAAAGCCAUUCAGGAGAAGUCCCAGUCCAAUGUGUCGCUCCUGGCAAAGAUCUUCAACCGUGGCAGGGCUCAGGAUUGAGAUCAUUGUUCAGCAGUAUUAAAAGGACAUUUCACCCAGAAAUAAAAACCUUUGCAUCCUUUACAUACCCAUUCCAAACAUGUAUGACUUUCAUUCUUAUGCAGAACCCCAAAUAAAAUAUUUAAAGAAC